AUGGCCCUCUCACGCUCCUUACGCCGCACGAAUCCGAUCACUAUCGUGCUAGCCGGUCUACUAGCCAUCGGAUUCCUCUUCUUCAUCUUCUCCCCUACCUCGACGGCGGCCUUUACCUCUCAGGAACGGCAUGACGACGCUGCUCAGAACCCGCUCUCUCCGCCCACGAAGCCCUUCCACAAGUCGCAGGCCGCUGGGAACAAGAGGGCGCCGCCGCCUGUCGUUCACUACAACAUGAACAAUCUUACCUCGUCCAGAGACGCUGCACAGAACCGGGAACGCAUUCUCGUUCUCACUCCCCUAUCGCGAUUCUACUCCGGGUACUGGGAGAACCUUAACAAGUUCACCUACCCUCACCAAUACAUCUCCCUGGGAUUUAUCAUCCCCAAGACCAGAGAAGGAAACGCAGCCUACUCCGCUCUGCAGUCUGCAAUUACCAAAGUCCAGUCCGGCCCCAUUGACGACCGGUUCGCCAGCAUCACAAUUUUGCGACAGGACUUCCCUCCGCCGAUCCAGUCACAGGACGAAAAAGAGCGUCAUAAGCUUGAGAACCAGAAGAUUCGCCGAGAGUCCAUGAGCCGGGCACGAAACAGCUUGCUUUUCACCACUCUCGGACCAGCCACCUCCUGGGUUCUCUGGCUGGACGCCGACAUUGUUGAGACACCCCCGACUCUAAUCGAAGACAUGACUAGCCACGACAAGGCUGUGCUUGUAGCAAACUGCUACCAAAGAUUCUUCAACCCGGACACCAAAGAGAUGGAUAUUCGGCCGUACGACUAUAACUCGUGGACCGACACCCCCCGGUCUCUCGACAUUGCCAACAGCAUGGGCCGUGAUGAGAUCAUGCUAGAAGGGUAUGGUGAACUACCCACCUACAGAAACCUGAUGGCCCUCAGCGCAGACAGAUCACCAGAGAGAAAUACCCGCGAGAUCAUGGAGCUCGACGGUGUAGGUGGAACCGCUUUGAUGGUCAAGGCUGCCGUUCACCGGGACGGAGCCAUGUUCCCCCCUUUCCCCUUCUACCACCUCGUCGAGUCCGAGGGAUUCGCCAAAAUGGCACGAAGACUCGGGUGGAAGUGCUACGGUCUUCCAAACUACUUUGUAUAUCAUUAUAACGAGUGA